GUUAAUUAAUGUGAUGUUUUCUUCAGUUUAUAACUUUAUUACAUACCUUGAAAUGUGCAUCUUCCCUACCUCGAUGGGUGACGAAAAAGGAUGAACCUGCCAUUGAAAAAGCAACCUCAAAGAAGCGCAAGAAAGAUGACUACAAAAUAGCUGAUGUCAUGUCCAAAGAGGAAAUUAUGUCAAAGUCGAAGAAAAUAAAACUAGACGAAGAGGUGCAGACAGCGUCUUCUUCAAAACAGAAGAAGAACAUGGAGGAGGAGGACCUGGAGAAGAUGAGCGACUCCAACACGGACAUCAAGAGCCGUCUGUCAGAGGCGAUGCAGGACAGCGCCAAGCACCAGCUGGACCCGAAGAGGACGUUUGAAGGGAAGCCGGUGCCGGCCCAGCAGCCCCGCCUCUUCACCGGCGGCGCGAUGCGCUGGUACCAGAUAGAGGGAAUCGAAUGGCUGCGGAUGCUGUGGGAGAACGGUAUCAACGGCAUCCUGGCAGACGAGAUGGGCUUAGGGAAGACCAUCCAGUGCAUCGCCCACGUGGCCAUGAUGGUGGAGCGCGGCGUGCUUGGCCCUUUCCUGGUGGUGGCCCCACUCUCCACGCUGCCCAACUGGAUCCGAGAGUUCAAGCGCUUCACGCCCACGGUGCCGGUCCAGCUGUACCACGGGCCCGCAAAGGCGAGGCCCGGUCUGCUGAAGGUGAUCCAGAAACCCCAGGGGCCCCACAACAUGUGCCCCGUGGUCAUCACCUCCUUUGAGAUCGCCAUGUUUGACAGGAAGGUCCUACAGAGGUUCCAGUGGAAAUACCUCAUCGUGGACGAGGGCCACAGGAUCAAGAACCUCAACUGCCGGCUGGUGCAGGAGCUGAAGCUGCUGCCCUCCGACAACAAGCUGCUGCUGACGGGCACGCCGCUGCAGAACAACCUGUCAGAGCUCUGGUCCCUGCUCAACUUCCUGCUGCCAGAGGUCUUCGAUGACCUCAAGAGCUUUGAGUCGUGGUUUGACAUCGACACCAUAAAAAGUGACGGGGUUGUGGUGGCCAACGAGCAAGAGGAGACGGUCCUCCACAUGCUGCACCAGAUCCUCACUCCGUUCCUGCUGCGGAGGCUGAAGGCGGACGUGACGCUGGAGGUCCCUCCAAAGAAGGAGAUCAUCGUGUACGCCCCGCUGACCCUGAAGCAGGAGACCUUCUACAAGGCCGUGGUGGACAAGAGCAUCAGCAAGCUGCUCGGCCGGGAGAAUACGUAUUUCUCAGAGAGCGUCCUGCCGUCAACGCCGACAGCCAGCGGCAGGCCCACCCGACGCAGCAAGAGAUUGGUGAACUACGACGAGAAACCUGAUGAGAAAGAGACCCCCAAAGCGCUGGAGAGAUACCUGGAGAAGAUCCGCAAGGAGAACGGGGAGCAGAGCGCCGGACCUGUGCUGGCGGUGAAGAAUUUGCUGAACACCCAAGUCAACCUGAAGCUCCAGAAUAUCCUGAUGCUGCUGAAGAGGUGCUGCAACCACCCCUACCUGGUGGAGUACCCCCUAGACCCCGCCACGCAGCAGUUCCAGAUCGACGAGGAGCUGGUGAAGUGCUCGGGGAAGUUCCUCAUCCUGGACCGAAUGCUGCCUGCCCUCAAGAAGAGGGGCCACAAGGUGCUGGUGUUCAGCCAGAUGACGUCCAUCCUGGACCUGCUGGUGGACUACUGCUACCUGCGGGGCUUCGAGUACAGCCGGCUCGACGGCAACAUGUCCUACACAGACCGUGAUGAAAACAUGACGAGGUUUGCAGAAAACCCAGAAGUCUUCCUCUUCCUGCUGAGCACGCGAGCCGGAGGCCUGGGCAUCAACCUCACCUCUGCUGACACCGUGAUCAUCUUUGACAGCGACUGGAACCCCCAGGCGGACCUGCAGGCCCAGGACCGAUGCCACCGCAUCGGGCAGACCAAGCCUGUGGUGGUGUACCGUCUGGUCACGGCCAACACCAUCGACCAGAAGAUCCUGGAGCGAGCAUCCGCCAAGAGGAAGCUGGAGCAGAUGGUCAUCCACAAGAAUAAGUUCAAGGGAGGGAGGGAGGACCUGGCCCCGGCUAAGAGCUGCCUGGACCUGGACGAGCUGAUGGGGAUGCUGAUGGCCAGGGAGGCAGAGCGGGAGGUGAAGAGCACCAAGGGGGAGGUGAUCAGUGACCGGGACCUCGAGGUUCUGCUGGACCGUAGCAACAUGAUGGACAAAGGGAGGAAGAACGUGAAGCAGGAGAAGGUGGGGGUGUUCCGGGUGAUAGAGGCCAAGGAGGCCUCAGAGAUCCUUUUGCCCUGAGGAGGAGUCAUUGGCAAAAAAAUAAAACAUUCAUUAACGCUGGUGUUUGUGUUUCCAGUGAAAACCCUUUUUCGAAAACGUUCGAAAACUACUGUAAGUUGACCUUUAUAAGCGGGAAAAACUACUGUUGUUCUUGCUAUUGACCUGUGGUAGCUUUGUCUUCUUGUUCUCCUGCGACUGAACCACUGUUCAAAACUUGCAAGCGCGUAUUUUUGCUAAAAUAAAGUCCUAGUUGUGUGUGUAAAUAUAUAUAUCUA